UCUGCUAUAAAGUUAUUCUUCAAACUGAAUUACUUGAAAAUUUUAAAAUAUUACCUUUAAAAUUUAAAAUGCAAAUUUAAACUAUCGAAUAAAUGAAUUAAAUAAAUCAAAUUAAUAAAAAAAAUGGAAAAAAGUAUGCCGUUAUUAUUGUUGAUAUCGCUGUAUGCUUCAGCAGAUAUGUUGUUCGAACGUAUGAUCUUCGUUAGAGUUGAAAAAAAUUCUCAACAAAAAUUUUUUUCUUCCAACCCCGACGCGCGAAACUAUUUUGUGUCCACGAAAUCGUUCGGAGCGAUCAACUUCGCAUACUUCGCAUUUCCAUCUAAAUUUGAACUUGAUUUAAAAGACAUAAAAAUUUUCGAAAAUUUAAAUCGUGAACAAAAAAAGAUCUGCUCCUUGAAAUGCAGUCUGGAAGAAAACUGCACAGGUUUCGCGUACGAAGACGUUGAUCAAGAUGCUGCUGUUGGCUGUUCGUUUAUUCAAGAAGACCAUCUGGCCAACAUCACCUCCAUCCAUCCGGACCUCGAGAGGAAAACUGUCUUCUUCAGAAGUGAAGAUUAUUUCGAGAUCUACAGCAAGUUUCCGAAUCAACUUCCAAACACAUUUCCAAAUCCAACAGCAAAAUUAUACAUGAUAAACGAACCGGGCGAUUGGUUUAAAGCACGUGCAUUCUGUAAUGAGAAAUUCAGGGGUCUUACCACAUUGGGAGGCAGGGGAGAAAAUACAGAGUUGAAAAACUUUAUUAUAUUGAACGCCGCCAAGGAUUGCUCUGAUCUUUUCUGGACAGCAGGUCGUAGAAGAAUGACAGAUAAGAGUUACCUCUGGCAUACAGCUGCUCGCAAAAAAAGACCACCAUUCGAGUCGUUUACUAAUUGGAAGAAUUCUUCAGAUGGAAAAGGUUUUGGUUGUAUUACUAUGGGACGACCUGACGGACUGUGGCAAGCGAGAGACUGUUUAGAAAAGUUAUGCUAUGCUUGUGAAGUGUUGUGA